UCACCCACCACAAAUCCUGCCCGGCCCCCAGUGCGAGGCAGGGUCCUUCAUGACUACCCCAGAUUCUACUAUCAGGGUCCUCUUCUCCUGGAGCCAAGCAGGCCUCCAGGAAAGGGACUGUCUGUGCCCCUGCCCCAACAUAAGCCGGGACUCCGAUGCCCUGUCCCAGGUGGCCUGGAGUGGCUGAAGCAGCAGCUGUUCCGCCUGGGCGAGGACUGGUACUUCCUGAUGGUCCUCGGGGUGCUCAUGGCCCUGGUCAGCUAUGCCAUGAACUUUGCCAUCGGGCGUGUGGUCCGAGCACACCAGUGGCUGUACCGGGAGAUUGGGGACAGCCACCUGCUCCGGUAUCUCUCCUGGACUAUAUACCCUGUGGCCCUCAUCUCUUUCUCAUCGGGCUUCUCCCAAAGCAUCACGCCCUCCUCUGGAGGUUCUGGAAUCCCGGAGCUGAAGACCAUGUUGGCGGGUGUGAUCUUGGAGGACUACCUGGAUAUCAAGAACUUUGGGGCCAAGGUGGUGGGCCUCUCCUGCACGCUGGCCACCGGCAGCACCCUCUUCCUGGGCAAAGUGGUAUGGGCAGGG